UGAUAGAGAUUGAUUGAUAAGUAUACUUACCCUUCCCCGGUAGAUCUAAAUGCUAGUUUCUACUACACCAGGAGGCCGUGAGAAAACGCGUAAGAAAGGUCUAUUUUUGAGGGAUUCCAGCUCUCAUUUAAACCAUUCUGUAGUCCUUUUGCAAUACAAACUUUUAACGAGACCUUUUGAUUGAAGAUCUCUCGAAAAUCUAGCAAAAAGCUUUUUUGAAAUCCAAUUCAUCUAAAAGUCUGGAGUAUUGCAAUCAACAAUGUUUGGAGCUAUAAGACACCAAGUUCGUAAAUCUUCGACUUCCGCAGUUAUUCGGAAUGACUGGACACGUGAACAAAUUGGUAAAAUCUAUCAUAUGCCGUUGAUAGAGCUUGUUUUCAAAGCGGCCACAGUACAUCGACAAUUCCAUGACCCUCGAAAAAUACAACAAUGCACACUUCUUUCCAUCAAGACAGGUGGCUGCACAGAAGACUGCAAGUAUUGUUCCCAGUCUUCCCGUUACAGCACAGGUGUCAAGCCUACUAGGUUGAUGAAAGUGGACGAUAUCAUGGAAAAGGCUCAUAUCGCGAAAGCCAAAGGAAGUACACGUUUCUGCAUGGGAAGUGCCUGGCGUGAUUUAAAUGGUCGUACCCGUACGUUUAAGAAUAUCUUAGAAGUUAUCAAACAAGUCCGUGCUUUGAACAUGGAAGUCUGUGUUACUUUAGGCAUGUUAAACGAAGAACAAGCCAAAGACCUUAAAGAAGCUGGAUUAACCGCUUAUAACCAUAAUUUGGACACUUCUCCCGAAUACUAUCCCAAAAUUAUUUCGACUAGAUCGUAUGAUGAACGUUUGAAUACCAUCGACAAUAUUCGCAAGGCUGGAAUCAAGGUUUGUAGUGGUGGCAUUUUGGGUCUCGGUGAAAAAGAACAAGAUCGUAUUGGCCUCAUCCAUUCUUUAGCUAACAUGCCAUCCCAUCCUGAGUCUGUUCCUAUUAAUGCUCUCGUCCCCAUUCCCGGAACUCCUAUUGGUGACAUGGUCAAGAAACCUGUUGGCUUUCACUCCUUCCUUCGUGCCAUCGCCACUGCUCGUAUUUGCAUGCCCAAAACCAUUAUUCGCUUCUCCGCUGGUCGUACUCAAUUUUCUGAAACUGAGCAAGUGAUGGCUUUUAUGGCUGGUGCCAAUUCUGUGUUUACCGGUGAAAAGAUGCUCACCACUCCUUCCGUUACAUGGGACCAAGACAGCCAAUUAUUCCACAAAUGGGGCUUUCAUAAUUUGGAAAGCUUCGAGUAUGAUGAAGGAGCUGAAGAGCCCAACUUUACUCUUCCCCCCAAGAACCGUUUUCGCCCUGACCAUGCUGAAGUUCUAAAGGCUGCGACACCUCAAUUAGAAGCUCAAGGACUGGCCGUGUAAUUUUCGAAUUCCUUUUUCAUUAAUAUUUCAAUCCUGUAAUUAAUUCGUCUUUCCUUCUUCUAUCCUAUUCCAUUACAAAAAAUAACUCCUCUUGUAUACAUUAUACUACAUCUACUUUUGAGCAGAACAAAUGCAAAAUCUAGUAAAUUAAUU